GGAUAACUCACGUGAUUGAUCAGCUGCCCGACGAAAGAGAAACAGUAGGUGUGAUGGACCGUCAGGUUGACGGAGCGGGGCGUCUGUCGCCCGUGGAGGAAUCGGCGGCAGAGGUGAGCACGGACAGCGGCAAUGUGUCCCAGAGUACAAGCAGCUUUUCCAUGCUGAGUGAGGGUCUGAGCAGCGGCUCGGUGUCACAAAGCCACAGCUUCAACGCUCCGCCGCCACACAGCGGGCAAAACGACGAAUUCCUACUGCAGCGCACAGCGCGGAGCUUCUCGGCUUACAUUAGGGCGAACGCCGACGACCAGGUCUACGGCUUUGAAAAGAGCUUGGAGGAAAUGCUUACUCGGGUGGAUGAGUUCGUCGGAAUGCUUGACAUGAUCCGAAGUGACACGUCUCAGAUUGUCAACGAGAAUCUACCUCAAAUUCUUAGAAGAUCUGAAGAAAUGAGAGAAAUCUACAGAAAAAUUGAUAAGCUAGAGGCUUUCGUCAGAAUAGUUGGAGCCAACGUCAGUGCGAUGGAGGAGCAGGUGAAUCAGGCUGAGGGAGAACAGGGAAGCCUCCCAGGGGCCUUCAAGAAGAUCUUCCGCACAAUGAAUGUCUCUGCCUUUCUAAACAAACCAGCUGGCUCUAGAAGGCCACAGAACCAGCAUCAGGAGGUGCCGUCCGUCUUCAGAACCGACGAUUAUUUCCAGCCACACAUGGAACACUGAUUGAGAAGCCAGAUCAAUCCUCUCCCUCUGGUGCAGGAGCACCACAUCAUCGCGCUUUAGCCAAAGGGCAAUAAUACAUAUCCUUUGGCAGAGGGAGUGACUGUUGGUCAGAGAUCUGACAAGCAAUACUGUCCUGACACUUAGGACAUGGGAGCGCUGAGUUGUGGAGCUCGGUAAAGGAGGGCCUCAGCUUCUCGCUUGGAAUAAAUGACUUUGUAGCCAAACAAUAUUCCAGGUCCUCUAAGUGACAGUUUGCCAUGCUUGUGCGAGAAGUGCCUCAUAGUGUUUUGCAGCUCUGGGUUUGUAAAAUCCGAAUUGAUGCGGUAGUGCUUCAUCGUAUGACCCAGAUGGGCCAGAAAUGAAGUCAGUGGUAUGUGGAGGAAAGUAAGUUGUGACAUUAUAGAAAAUGGAGUGAAUUUUUUUUUCUUUUUGCCAUAAGAAGAGCUUUUUGAAAUGGAUGCCAACUAACAUGUGACAGUUUUUAACAUAUUGCUUUUUUAAAAUACUUUUUUUUUCCUCCAUAAUUAUUGCCAUAUUUUGGGAUACUUUUUUAUUUGUAGUUUAUAUUUCUGCAGUCCAUCUAAAAAGCAAAAGGGUGAUAUUAACAAUUCUCCUAUUUUGGUAACAGCUGUCAUCCUUGUGCAGAGUAAGUGUCCAGCCAGGCCUUCCAGCAGCCUGCCCUGGCACUGUUCAUCUAACCAUAUCAUUAGUGUAUGACUGACCAUAAACCUCCAAAGCUCAGGGCAGCUACCACAAAUAUGUUUAUAAUCCUAGUGCAGACUUUGGACAUCUGACUGAAUUUCACUGAAAAACUACAUGCACAAAUAUUUGCAAAGAACCUGACUGUGGUCAAUGAGGGUAUUUAUUGUCAAAAUUGUGGUACUUUGCGUUUUGGCAGUACACCUCACAAUCUAUGGCUCUGCCGCUUCAUAUAGGUGCAUUUAUUAUGUAUUAACAUAUACUAAGCACCAAUCAGAGCAUGCCAACAUUAAAAAAAAUUAGUAUUUGAUCAGCCAGGGUGAUUGUAAUGACUGGCCAUUUUUUUUCUUUUAAUGCAAUAUCAUGUUCAAUUUAUAAAUAGUUUCCCCGCUUGUCUCUGUAUGUAUUCGUUCCUGCUCUUCUGUUCCUAACAUGCCCACUACCAUUAUACCUGUCUGAUAUUUUUUUAACAGUUUCCCUGAAUUUAAUUUUUUCCUCCUGCUACUUACUAUGUUGGUAAUAAAAGAAUAUUUUUGAGUUUCCUACUA